AAAACACUGCUGCAGCAGGCCAGCAGUUUUAUAAUUUUUUUUUAAAAUUUUGCUCAGCUGCUCUAUUAAUGUUUUAUUAAUUUUGCUGCCAUUUGUCAACUGCUCUAUUAUUGUUUUGACAAUUUGACUUGUGUGACUGAAUUAUUAUUCUAUUUUUUCUUUGUAGUAAGUUGUAUUUUCUUAAUGGCACAAAAAAAGGAUCCAGCUUGGACAUAUGGAAUUGCCAUGGGAAGUAACACAAAAAUCAAAUGUGUUUUUUGUGAUAUGACAUAUAAUGGCGGAAUAUUUCGUCACAAGAAGCAUCUUAUUGGUGGUUAUAAAGAUGUUAAAGUGUGUCCAAAAGUCCCGAAUAGUGUGAAGGAAGAAAUAAAGGAGUAUUUUACGAAAAAAAUGAAUUUAAAACUCAAAUGAAUCCUGAAGCAUCCAUGGUUAAUCUUGUUGAUAAUGAUGAAAUGGAUGAUGAAGUUGAAGUGAAUAUGCCAAUGGGACCUCCCUCAAAAAAGAAACCUUCAACUAGUGAAAGUGGGUCAUCCACCGCUAGCAAUGUCAAAGGUCCUCUUAAUCUCUAUUUCUCGCAAAAACCAAAUGAAAAGAGAAAAGGUGGACCUAUUGAUCUAGAGGCUUCUAGCAAGAUUUUACGGGAUCGUGCUGUAUCUGCUUUUGCUAGAUGGAUGUAUGAUGCAGGAUUGCCUUUCAAUUGUGUUAACUACACCGAAAGUUUUGGUGAAUUCAUUGAGGCCGUAGGCCAAUAUGGCCCUGGAAUGAAGCCCCCUACCUAUCAUGAGGUAAGAGUUCCUUGUUUAAAAAAAGAGGUGGAAAAGACAAACAAAAUUGUAGAAGAUCAUAAGGUUCAAUGGAAAACGUAUGGUUGUUCCAUUAUGAUGGAUAAAUGGACAGCAAGGAAUGGGAAAAUGAUCAUCAAUGUUUUGGUGAAUUCUCCAAAAGGGAGUGUGUUCCUUGAAUCUCAUGAUGCUAGUGACUCUUCUACUGAUUCAAAUAAGAUGUUUAACUUGUUUGAGAAGACUAUCUUGAAAAUAAGCAAGGAAAAUGUGGUACAAGUUGUGACCGAUAACGCAAGUGAGAACAAAAAAGCGGGUGACAUGUUGAAGGGAGUGUUCCCGCAUAUUUUCUGGACUCCUUGUGCUGCUCAUUGUAUCAACUUGAUAUUUGGUGACAUUUUCAAAGAGGCCCCGUAUUCUACAGUUUUUGGUAAGGCUGUUAAGAUACAUUCUUAUAUCAGUCAAAGGGCACUGUUGUUGAAUAUGAUGAGGAGAUACACAAAGCAAAGAAACUUGGUAAAACCUUCUAAGACAAGAUUCGCAACAGCUUUUUUGACAUUGCAUAGUUUUUAUAUGCAAAAGAAAAAUCUGAGAACCUUGUUUAUGUCCACUGAAUGGAAUGAGAGUGUCUAUGCAAAGGAAACUCUUGGGAAAGAAGUUGUGAGACACAUCAUCAGUCCAUAUUUUUGGAAUGACACUGUUCAAGCACUUAGAGUUGGUGGUCCUUUAAUUAAUGUACUUCGUAUGGUGGAUGGGGAGAAAAAACCACCAAUGAGCUACAUUUAUGAAGCCAUGGAUAGGGCCAAAGAAAGUAUUGAAAAGGCAUUCAAUUAUGAUGACAGGAAAUAUAUGAAUGUUUUCAAAAUCAUUGAUGCAAGGUGGACGGAUCAACUUCAUCAACCUUUACAUGCAGCUGGACUUAUUUUGAACUCGGGGCUCUAUUAUAAAAAUAAUGAGAUGAAGACUUUAACUGAAGAAGUGUGAUUGGGAUAUCAUGCAUGUGUUGAAAGGAUGAUCCUAGAUAAAACUUUGCAAGACAAAAUAGGGGAUGAGCUUGGUGUGUACAUGAAAGCUGAUGGGCUACUUGGAAUUGAGUCGGCCAUUAGAGCUAGAACCUUAAGGUCACCAGGUGAGCAUUUCAACAUUUAACUAUUAGAGCUUUAACUUUUAAGUUAUUACAUAUUAACUUUUAAAAUAAUUCUUCUACAGUUGAAUGGUGGAUGCAAUAUGGUCAUAAUGUCCCAAACUUGCAACAAUUUGCUAUUAGAGUGCAAAGUUUAACUUGUAGCUCAUCCGGUUGCGAGAGAAAUUGGAGCGUGUAUGAACAUGUGAGAACCUAUAUUACGUUAUUACUAAAUUAAAUGG